CUCUUCUUCCAGGGCAUUUAUGUACGCGGCCAGUUUGUAAGAAAAAAAUGACUACUCAGUAUAGCAUUCUCUUCAAGCAAGAACAAGCGCACGACGAUGCAAUUUGGUCAGUUACGUGGGGCAAAAAUAGAAACGACGGCUCGGAGACCGUAAUCUCAGGCUCUCUGGAUGAUUUGGUGAAAGUCUGGAAAUGGAAUGAGGAAAAGCUAGACCUCAAGUGGACUUUAGAAGGUCAUCAGCUGGGUGUCGUUUCAGUGGAUAUUAGUCAUACCGGCACCAUUGCUGCGUCCAGCUCGUUGGAUGCUCACAUACGUAUUUGGGACCUGGACACUGGCAAACAGAUCAAGUCGAUAGAUGCCGGGCCAGUUGAUGCUUGGUCGCUGGCUUUUUCACCCGAUUCCCAGUAUGUUGCAACCGGAAGCCACAUAGGAAAAGUCAAUAUAUUUGGUGUUGAAACUGGAAAAAAGGAAUAUUCCUUGGACACUCGGGGGAAGUUCAUCCUAAGUAUUGCUUAUAGUCCAGAUGGAAAAUAUCUGGCCAGCGGAGCUAUUGACGGGAUUAUCAAUAUUUUUGAUAUCGCAACCGGGAAACUUCUCCACACGCUGGAAGGUCACGCGAUGCCUAUCCGUUCCUUGACGUUCUCUCCAGAUUCUCAGUUACUCGUCACCGCAUCAGAUGAUGGCUACAUCAAGAUAUACGAUGUACAGCAUGCCAACUUGGCAGGCACUCUGAGCGGUCAUGGAUCCUGGGUAUUGAAUGUAGCGUUUUGCCCUGAUGAUACCCAUUUUGUUUCCAGUUCAUCUGACAAAACGGUGAAAGUUUGGGACGUGCCUUCGAGGACCUGCGCCCACACCUUCUUUGACCAUCAAGAUCAGGUCUGGGGCGUGCAGUACAACGGGAACGGCUCAAAAAUCGUCUCUGUUGGGGAUGACCAAGAAAUACAUGUUUACGAUUGUCCCGUUUAAGAUUCGGCAGGCUGCUUGCAAUAGCUACGGAUGUCGGCCACGUCUGAAAGUAUUUUGAUACUCCGCUAUUUUUUUGGUCAUGAAAAAUCUUUAGAUGGAAUACUGAAAAUUAUUUAGGUGCGUGUUUUACUGUUUUUAUUAUUUUGAAGCUAAA